AUGGGUGUGAGGGUCGUGGAGGACAUUGACCAUAUCCACGCUGGACACAAGAUACUCCUCGCAGAAGCUCUCCUGCGAUGUAGCCGGAAGUUUACGGCUGGCAUAGCUGAAGGACCACUUCUCAAGAACAAAACUUUGUCAGACUUGAUAGCUCCAUGCCAAGAUAGAAUUGAGGCUGUGAAAGAACUUGUAACAGAUUUAGACCCUUCACUUGAUUAUCACAUUGUUGAGAUCACAGAUCCAAUGGGACCCACAAGAUGGGAUCCAGACAUGGACAUGAUUGUGGUGAGUGAGGAAACCAAAAAGGGUAUUGACUUCAUCAACAGUGCACGUAAAGAAGGCGGACUAAAAACCCUUGAGGGUUAUAUCAUCAGCUUGGUGGAAGACAAGGAUCGGAAAUCAAAUGAAGAAGAGGAAAAGGUUAGUUCAAGUUCGCAAAGGAUGAGGCUCCUGGGAACUGUCAUACAGCCGUUGACCCCAAACUGUGAUAUUCCAAGCCAUCCUCAUAUCAUUGGCCUGACUGGAGGUUCUGCAAGUGGUAAAUCCAGUGUUGCAAAACGCUUCCAAAAACUUGGCGCUGGUGUUGUUGACUGUGAUAAAUUAGGACACGAAGCCUACAAGAAAAGUACAGACUGUUACAACAAACUCGUUCAAGAAUUUGGGAAUGACAUAGUAGCCAGUGAUGGGGAAAUCAACCGCAGGGCCCUGGGACCAAAGGUAUUCAAUAACAAAGAUGCCCUUGAGAAACUGAACAGCAUUGUGUGGCCGGAGAUUGCCAGACUAGCCAAGGAGCAGAUCAGAGACUUGGCAGGAAAAGGCCAUGAUGUGGUAAUACUUGAUGCUGCUGUACUUCUGGAGGCGAAGUGGGAAGCGUUCUGCCAUCAGGUUUGGGUGUGCAUCAUCAAGAGAGAAGAAGCGAUCAAACGUAUUGUGGAGCGUGAUGGAAGGACGCAAGAGGAAGCAGAAAGAAGAAUCGACAACCAGCUCUCCAACAAGGAAAGAGUGUCUCGAGCCAAUGUUGUCUUUUGCACACAGUGGGCAGCAGAGUACACGCAAGGCCAAGUUGAGAGAGCAUGGGAAGGCCUCCAGACCAUGCUGAGAGAGAAAAGGGAGUCUAAUAAAGCACAGCUCUAGUGAACGUUAUGCAACACUUGUUCCACCUUCAUGGCGUUUAGUGUGUCAGUCAGGAAUCGCAUCUUUUUUGGAUGGAAGUUGUUAUAUAUUUUUACAUAUUUAUGUAGCUUUGUAUCUAUUGGUGUGAAUGUUUUAUGUGGUUAGUAUUUAAGCUGUAAAAAAGAUAUAAUUAUGAUUGUAGAUUAAUGUAUAAUAUUACACAUUGAGUUCACAGUAGAUGUAUGAUAAAGA